ACUGACAUUUGCUAUAAUUUUGGUAUUUUGAGAACGGCCAACAUACGGUCACACCUCUCAGAAGGAUUAUUAUAUUUAAACCAACUUUGGAUCGAAUUGUCGGACAUAAAAAUAUGUGAAUUGAUAGGCAUGUGUGCAUAAAGCAAGCGAUGUAUUACAAACACUAACCCUGCGAAUAUGUCGAUCUCAAAAUUAUUCGUGAAAGUUUUCAAUGAAGACAUAUUUGAGAAAUUGGAUCAGGAUAAUUACAACUCUGACUUGGAGGAUGAUUUGGAAGGAGCCAAUUGUUCGACCAUACCCGAUCCGCGAUCGCCAAAGCUCGAAGAGCUCUCCGUGUCGAAGCAGAUGACCAUUGUGCGCAACUGGCUGGACGACAAGUUCCAGCAGAUUCAAACGGACAGCAAUGAGGAAAUACGCAAGCUCUAUGUGGAGACAGAGGCGCGCAUCGGUCCGGAACUGGCCAUAUUCGAUGUGGACUAUACCACUACUGUGCGUGUGUCCACUGAUAGAUUGGCCUUACGUUCGCAAGGCAGCUUUAAUACGGUGCGCGCAAAUUGUUGCGUUUACGGAGGCCGUUGGAUGUAUGAGAUUCAACUACACACAAAGGGUGUCAUGCAAAUGGGUUGGUGUGGCAGCAGCUGUGGCUUCAAUGAGAAUAGCGGUGUAGGCGACACUAAGCUCAGCUACGGCUAUGACGGCAGCAAACAACAGGUCUGGCACAUCUCUACCAGAAAGUACGGCGACAAGUGGCAAAUUGGUGAUAUCAUAGGUGUCACCAUUGACGUCGAUAGGGAGAUAAUUGAAUAUUAUCGUAACGGGCGCUCUAUGGGCGUGGCAUUUGACAAGAUUCAGCGGGGACCGGGAAUCACAUUCUUCCCUGCCAUUUCUCUGGGCUACACACAAGGCGUGCAGGCGAAUUUUGGUAACCGACCGUUUGUCUAUCCAGUUCCCGGCUUUCAGCCACUGAUGGCCCGGCCCAUUCUGAAGCUCCGCCGUGCCAAUUUAAUUAUGGACUAUCUCGUCAAUUUGGCCGGUAUCUUCUCACACUAUAACGCGCAGGCUGACAAAAAGGACGAAGUGCCUGGCGAAAUACGCGUGUCAACGAAGAAGACAGUCUACUGCAUUUUCGCAACGUUGCUUAUUGAACGCUUCACGAAUGAGGUAUUCGAUCCCUACAUAAUCGAGGAUGUCCUGCUGACACGGAUAACGCAUAUGACCACGCUACAGGCUGAGAAGGAAAACCCACAUAGUGUACUUAAGGGCCUAUUGUCCCUGCUCUGGAACUUCAUGGAGGCCGAUGAAGUGAAGUUUGUGCUGCGAAAGCUUGUCAACGCCCUCUUGGCCACCUACACACAUACCGUGCAGGGCGUGGACUAUGAGAAGCAUCGGCAGACGUUAAACGCCCUCCACUGCAUCUGUUUGCACGAGCAGUCCCGUAAAUACCUGCUCGAGAGCAAACUGUUCAAGAAACACUGCCUUGCCUUCUUUUUGUAUAUACAUCCGCUGGAGUUUUAUAUAUUGGAGGAACUACUGCCCGACUAUAUGACCUGGACGGAGGGAAUUGAUGGACCUAAGGAUAAGUAUUUAAAUGCUGUGGAAAAGGUACGCAAGCUCACAGAAAACCUAUACGCGGCUCAAAAGGACCUGCUCAACACGUUGAUGAUAAACUCAGAUGGGGGACCAGAUUCGCCUUCUAGUCGGAAGCUGUUUCUAAGCAAAAUGCGACGCUAUGUGAUAGACCUAAGCAUGGAGCAGCGGCCAUUCCAUGCCUUUUUCUUCAUGCAGUCCAGCAUACAACAUCCGCUGGAUUCACCGGUGGCUCUGGCUUUCGUCUGCAUACUAAUCGAUCAGGUGCGCUCACUGUUCAAGGAGGAGCUGCCCACUCACACAAUGGAAGUGAAUGCCGAUUAUUUUAUUGAUGGCACAUUUGAUUAUAUGCACUUUGAUCGCGUUGGCGGCGUCUUGUCGCACCUGCGUAAGGUCCACAGAUCGGACAUUGACACAUACCUGGGCACAGAGCGCACUCAGCAAAUCUAUGACGAAGAUCGCAACUCCGUAAGAGUUAACGAAGUGGAUACUACGCUCUACCUACUAGGCGAGAAUAUUAACAAUGUUGCGGUCAUUGGACACACACAAGGUGCCAAUAAUUCAACUUUCACCCAUUUCCUAAAUCCGCGUACACCUCAAACUACGGAUGCAGGUCCCGGCAACUUGUCUUCCGAAGCGAGUCUGUGCGAGCUGCUAGACAUUUGCGUGCUCUUCUACUACUCCGCAGGACACAAAUACAUUGUUAAGAUAGCGUCUGUACGGGAUGAAAUAGCCACACUCAAUGAGGUGCUCAAAGAGACGAAAUACUAUCGCGAAGAUAUUGAACGUCGGCUGCUAGCACUUGAGCAGCAUACGAGUGUCUGCAUGAAUGAGAAUCAUCAGCAUGUGAUGUCUGAGCUACGUUCCAAAUUCAGUCAGCGGCAAAAUGUGUUUGCGACACGCUCUAUAUCUCUUGCACGGAAACAAGUUUGGCUUCGAGCAGUAGCCCUAAAUAAUCACCGACGCCUGUUGUUGAUAUGGCUAUUGGAACGAGUUUUGCGCUCAUUAUCGAGCGCUUCGAGCGUGGGCUCACUCUUUGCGUUUGUGCCAGAGGUUUAUAUAAAUACCUUGCCUAUUCUGUUGGACAGCGUGAUGGACUUCAGUCAUCACGAUAUGUGUACACAGUUUGAUGUGUCGGAUGCCGAGUGCAGUUUGAAUUCGGCGGCAGAGUUUUUGGCAAUCCAUUCGGCGGACUCGCGUAUUGUGCUUGCAUCGUGCAAGGACUCUCUGUUGCAGGCUCUGGGCACCCUCACCUGCCACAAGGCGGGCGUACGUGCUCUCGAGCGUAGCUCAAAGCGGGCUCAAUCGUCUUUAGUGCGCGCUCUUCUGCGCCCCUAUGAGAACCGUGCGUGGGGACAAAGUAAUUGGCUACUACUGCGAUUCUGGUUAGGCGAGGGCUAUGCUUUCAAGGAUGCACGCCAGCCCAGCGUAUGGCAAGGUGGCUCGCAGCCCCUACACCAGGGCCUGUGCCGAAGUCGCUCGCGAAACGAAACACAUACUGGACUAUUGCACAAUGUGGCGCCGGCAAAUCCCUCAAAGCAUUUUCAACGACUAAUUGGAUCUAAGCUAUAUGAAGACGAGCCGUUUGCCACGACUUUUAUGAACUCGGUGCUGAGUCAGCUGAACUGGGCCUUCUCUGAAUUUAUAUUGUUGCUGCAAGAGAUACAAAAUACGGCCCAGCGGCAGGAGAACACGCUCUUUGAGCCGAAACAAUUAAAGAUCUGCUCCAUGUGCUUUGAGCUCACUGUUUCGCUGAUGCGUUGCCUGGAAAUGAUAAUAACCGUUGCGCCGGACGUUGUGACAGACGAGUCGCGUCCAAAUAGUGACUUGCUAUUGAAUCGUAUUUGCCAGCUUAUCAGUCAAGUGCUCUCGCGUGUCACUGUCCCACCUGGCUGCUUUCAAUUUGUGGUGGACAUGUGCUCGGCGGAUCUGAAUGCUGUCACCCACUUUCCGAUUAUCACUGCCGCACUGGGUAUUCUGAUGGCACUGAUGCGCGGUGAGUUGGACAGUGAUGUGACCCCACAGAAGGUGACUCGCAUAUCUCGCGCCUUUCUCACCGAUCCCAGUUUUCAAUUCGCAACGCUGGAGUUUGCGCUGGGUGAGAUACGAACGCCGCUGUUGGAGCAAAAAGAGAUACCACGUGGCAACUUCGAUCCUUCGUCGCGACCACACAUCGAUCCGCUGACCAACGAUGUGCGCCUGCCCCAUCUCAACAACUCGAAGCGCAUACGCGCAGAUCCACCGAUCAUUAAGUUCGCGCUCUCUGACUAUCCGACGCAUGUUUCCCACGAAGAAAUCGAGGAUGUUCGCCAUCUAAUUGAAUGUCUGCGCAUCAAGCAGAGCCUGCUCUCAGAUAUAACGCUGCCGUCGGAGGAUUCGCUGUGUCCCAUCUGCUGUGCCAAGCCAAUCACUGCCGUGUUUACGCCCUGCAAGCAUCAAUCCUGCAGCGACUGCAUCAUGCAGCACAUGAUGAACUCCAAAGUGUGCUUCUAUUGCAAGACCACCAUACAGACAAUCGAACUGUUGGAUGGCACCCUCAUCUACUCCAAUGAUGAAAUGCUCGCUACCGACAGUGCUUAAACAACAGUAAAAACCCACCGCAGUACACAAAGAACGUCUAGUCACCUUUGAAAAAAUUGCUACGCUUAACGUGUGGUGGUUUACACAGAAGUACAUACAUAGCUAUAUAUUUUUAA